CCAGCUUCUCACGAGAACCAGCAACAACCGUCUUUGGAGCAUCACCAAGGCAAUGAUUCCAAGAAAGAAGGUUCAUCAGCGCUAGCUUCUCAAGAGAACCAACAACAAUUGUCUUCGGAGCCUGAGCAAGACGAGGAUUCCAAAAUAGAAGGUUCACCAGCACCAUCUUCUCAAGAGAACCAACAGCAAUCGUCUUCGGAACGUCAGCUAGACAAGGAUUCCAAGAAAGAAGGUUCAUCAGCGCCAGCUUCUCAAGAGAACCAACAUCAAUUGUCUUCAGAGCCUCAGCAAGACGAGGAUUCCAAGAAAGAAGACUCAACAAUGCUAGCUUCUCAAGAGAAACAACAACUGUCUUCAGAGCGUCAGUCACAGUCCCUGGAUAUUCGUAGACAUCUACUUCCAGCAAUUACCAGUCAGCGGGUGGACGAUUCCAGUUCAGACGAAGAAAACUUCUCUCCUUAGCUAUAAAUGGAGAAAGGUAUAAGAGAUU